UCAAGGUGACCUUCAAAUUCGGCUAGUUUGACGUUUGUUAACUCGCGAAAAUUCAUUUUAUUUGAAUUUCCUACCCGCGUAGACAUGCGAUUUAUUUAAUUCAUAUCGCAAUAAGUUCGGGGCAACUUGAUCGACAUAUAGACCCCAUUGUGCCACGUAUUCAGUGAAGUUUUCAGUGAUAAACCUGUUCUACGAGAUUCUGGGCAAUCGUCUUAUUUAAAAUCCAACAUGUCCCGCGACCGCUCUUCCCGACGCUUUUACAGGUCGGAUUCUACCCACGAUCUUUUAUCCUACAUGGAUAAGGGUCAGGCCGCUAAUGAUGAGAACAGGUGGACAUUUGAAACAGCAUGGGAGGCUGCUAAUAAAGUUGGUGGAAUUUACACGGUCAUACGAUCGAAAGCUUAUGUUUCUACUGAGGAAAUGGGUGAUAAUUACUGUCUUUUGGGGCCAUACAAAGAGUCAUGUGCAAGGCAGGAGGUGGAGGAGGCAGAUUUUCCCCAAAACUCUCCCCUUACUAUAGCCGUUAAUGCUAUGAGGAGUCAGGGGUAUAAGCUCCACACCGGCACUUGGCUAGUAGACGGCAACCCACAAAUAAUUCUCUUCGACAUCGGUUCAGCCGCUUGGCAGCUCGAUACAUACAAACAAGAAUUAUGGGAUACAUGCUCCAUUGGAAUCCCACACUUGGACGUUGAGGCGAAUGACGCGGUGAUACUGGGCUUCAUGGUCGCACAGUUUAUCACCGAGUUUCGCAAAGCAGCCGAGAACUACAGUGACACACCGCCGCGGGUGGUCGCACAUUUCCACGAAUGGCAGGCUGGCACUGGUUUAAUUGUUUUGAGAGUGCGACAUGUAGAUGUGGCAACUGUAUUCACAACCCAUGCUACUCUAUUGGGAAGAUAUCUGUGUGCAGGCAACACUGAUUUCUACAAUAAUUUGGAUAAGUUCUCAGUGGACGAGGAAGCGGGAAAGAGACAGAUAUACCACCGCUAUUGUAUGGAACGGGCUGCUGCUCAUAUGACGCACACUUUUACUACCGUUUCGGAUAUUACAGGAUUCGAAGCUGAACACCUUUUACGCAGAAAGCCGGACUUCAUUACACCAAACGGUUUGAACGUAAAGAAAUUCUCGGCACUACACGAAUUUCAGAAUUUACACGCGUUAGCCAAGGAAAAGAUAAACGAGUUCGCUAGAGGACAUUUUUAUGGGCAUUUCAACUUCGACCUCGACAAGACGCUAUACUUCUUCAUUGCGGGUAGAUACGAAUUUGGUAACAAAGGAGCGGAUAUAUUCGUCGAAGCUUUGGCACGACUUAAUCAUUAUUUGAAGUCGUCCGGUUCAGAAAUGACGGUAGUUGCGUUUUUGAUAUUUCCCGCCAAAACGAACAACUUCAAUGUAGAGAGUCUCCGAGGCCACGCGGUUACUAAAGCUCUAAGGGACACUAUACAGGAUGUUCAGCAAAAGAUUGGACAAAGGAUGUAUGACAUUUGUUUAAGAGGCCACCUCCCGGACGCGUCAGAUUUACUACACAAAGAUGAUACAGUUCGUCUGAAGCGUUGUAUAUACGCGCUACAAAGAGAUGGCUUGCCACCAGUCACCACGCAUAAUGUUGUGGACGAUUGGAGCGAUCCAGUGUUGAAUUCCAUCCGUAGAUGUCAACUGUUCAACACUGUCAAUGACAAAGUUAAAGUAAUAUUCCAUCCCGAGUUUCUAACAUCCACGAAUCCUCUAUUCGGUUUGGAUUACGAAGAAUUCGUACGCGGCUGUCACUUGGGUGUAUUUCCGUCGUACUACGAACCUUGGGGGUAUACCCCGGCUGAGUGUACAGUUAUGGGUAUACCCAGUAUUACUACUAAUUUGUCAGGUUUCGGCUGCUUCAUGCAAGACCACAUAGCCGAUCCGAUGUCGUACGGCAUAUAUGUAGUCGAUAGAAGAUAUAUUUCAUUAGAGGGUUCCGUGCAACAAUUGGCGCAGUAUAUGUUCGAUUUUACUAAAUUGACGCGAAGACAACGUAUCAUACAAAGAAAUAGAACUGAGAGAUUGAGCGAUUUACUUGAUUGGAGAAAUUUGGGCAUUUACUACCGUCAAGCAAGAGCCGAAGCAUUGAAAAUUGUAUAUCCAGACUAUGUAGAUCGUAUGCACAUGGAACUGGGCAAACGUUUCAACUAUCCGCGACCGAUCUCUGAGCCGCCGAGCCCUACACAUUCCCUGCUAUCACCACAACACGAAUCAUCAUGGCUGACGGCCUCCUACCACAAGGAAAUAGAACAACACAAAGAAACUAAAGACGAGGAAAUCCAAACGAGUCUAUCCGAAGAAAUUGACGAGAAAACGAAAAUACAGAAAUCGCUAGAAAUAUUGGAAUUAACGGAUCUAGAGAUUUCCAAAGAUAUAGAAGUUAGAUUUGAGAAAGCGCUGGCGUGUGAAGACUUCUUGGAGCCGAUCAAUGCGGUGGUCGCGGAACAUAUAGACCAACUUAUUGCAAAAUUAAGUGACUGUGUGGAAAGAAAAUAGGAGCAACAACACCAGCCGCUUCCGUCCAUGGCUCUGAAGAUGAGGAUGAAGUGGACGAGGAAAAGGAAUUAGCUGAAUUGAGGAUUACAGAUAAUUAAAUAAAAAAAAAUGGCAC